UUGCCAUGAAGGUGAAGGCCUUUCUUCCUUCGCCAACCACCCGUGCCCUUGGCCCAAGCUACGGGGUUGACAGGGCGGUCCCGAUUCUUUGCUAAGGCCAAGAUGGAGCCUCCUCCGCCUCCGCCGCCACCAGGUGGCAAAGAUGAGGGAGCUUACGGGACGCCGGGGUACGGUGAAGGCUAUCCGCCUCCCAGCUAUCCACCUGAAGGGUACGGAUACGCACCAGGUUUCUCGGGCUACGCGGGGAAUCCGUACCAGAGGCAACCGCCGGGAUAUCCGGGCUACGGAGGCUACGACUAUCCCGGCUAUCCCCAGGGCCCGAGCUACGGGCCUGACAGACGAGAUUUUGACAGAAGGGACGAACCGAGGGCUCUUGAGUACGGGAAGGGAGGCGGCAGAGAAGCAGGCAAGGGCUUUGAUGCCGGCUUUGGUCGCGGGAUGCCGCUGCCGGAGCCGGUGGAGGUUCUCAUGAAGGGCUUGCCCAUGGAUGCCUCUGAGCCGGCGCUGCGCAGCCUUUUCCACCAGAAGGGUCUCAGCUUCGACUCAGUGGAGUUCCAAGUGACGGCGGCUUUGAAGGUCUCUGGCCAAGCCACAGCGGACCAGGUGCGGAUUUCAUCGCGCUCGUUCCCGUUUUCUUGCCAAGGUGGCAGCAAGCUGUUGCCUUUUGCUGAGGUCAUCCAGGCGUUCCACAUGUACCAGAUUGCUGGCAAAGCGCUGGAGGUCUUCCGUCAGGACGCGGACCGCAGCCGCCCCCGAAGCAGGAGGAGAGACCGGAGCCGCAGCCGUCGUGACCGGUCGCCGCGGCGUGAUCGCAGCCAUUCACCGCGAGGCCGGGACAGGAGUCGCAGCCGAGGGCGCUACGCAGACAAAGGAGGAGGUCGCGGCCGCGAUGAUGGCAGGGCAAAAGGAGUGGUGGCCCGGUACGACGAGGAGAAGGGCUUCGGCUUCAUCAAGCCAGAGCGGGGCAGCGAGGACGUGUUUGUGCACUUCUCCAACCUACCACGUGAGUACCAACGUGGUGGAAGCAGCGUGCUCAAACCUGGCGACAAAGUGGCUUACGACCAGGAAAUUGAUCCGAAGAAGGGCAAGCCAUGCGCCAAGAAUGUUCAGGUGGAAGGCUCUGCGCGUGAUGGCGGUGGCGGUGGCGGCGGUGGCGGCGGCGGUGGGGGCCGGGGACAAGGCAGUGUGAAAAACUGGGACUCAGAGAAGGGCUUCGGCUUCAUCACGCCAGACGGCGGUGAGUCUGACCUGUUUGUGCAUUUCUCAUCUUUGCCCCGCAAUUACCAGCGUGGAGGAGACUCCACCCUUGGACCUGGAGACCGUGUCAGUUUUGACAUUGAGUUUGAUGAGCGCAAGGGCAAGAGCUGCGCCAAGAACGUGCAGGUCCAGGGUGGUGGCGGUGGCGGCGGCGGCUGUGGCACUGUUAGUGGCGGUGGUGGCGGAUGUAAAGGUGGAGACAAAGGCAAAGGCGGCAAGGGUGACGCGCCGAGGGGCAUCAUGUCAGCUGAAAGACGCCGUCAGCUUUUUGAACAGGAUGAGUCACCCUCACCUCCGCGAAGGCGCGUCCGAAGUCGUGGAAGCCGCAGCGGCUCACGAUCGCCUGGGAGGACCCCCAACUUUGGUAAUGGAGCUCCAGCAGGCUUUGACCGACCGGCUGGUGGCGAAGGCCUCAGCUGCGACUCCGUCACCGUGACUGAGGAAAAGAACUGUGGGCAUUGCCAGCCAAAGGCUACUAUUAGGAUCUUUGAAAGGUUGGCGACACGCGAAGAAGUUGCUGCCACCUUGUGUCAUGCUAAGCAGAAAAAGGAACCAAUGCCACCAUCGUUUGACGCCCAGAAAUCCUGAUUGGGCAUUUGCCAGGAUUGUGAAUUCCUCCGCGCCGUUAGUGGCGGCGUGGCCUAGUUUUAGUGUUGCCAGCAAUAUUACGUCGUGUCCGCACUAAACUAGGUAUUGGGAGUCUAAGAUUACGCCUUGGCAGUGCUAACUUUACUCUUGGCAAGGCUUAAUCAAGUAAAG